CAUUAAACAGAAACAGAGGUAUCUUUCAAGAGAUUGAAUCUAGAGAGAAAACAAAUAGUCCACUUUGUCUGAGAAUGAUGGCUAAGGAAAACUUCUCUUGCUGUAGUCUCUUUGCUUCUCUGCUUUUCAUAGCAGCAGCAAUUGUGGUGGCAGAGCCUCUUCACUGUGCCCAGUGCACUGAAGAGAGGUUAGCUCUUUGUCCACCAGUCUCAAACGAUUGUCCAGAGUUGGCUAGAGAGCCAGGAUGCGGCUGCUGCCUGACUUGCGCUCUAAAGCGAGGAGAGCCCUGUGGGGUGUACACUGCGAGGUGUGGAAAGGCUCUCAGCUGCCACCCAAAGGCAGGAGAAUCUCGCCCCUUGUAUGCACUCACGAGAGGCCACGGGGUUUGUAUGGAUGAUGAAGAUCUCAAAAGGCAACGGGCUAGUGAGGCUGCAGAUGGAAAGGAUUAUGCAGAACAUGAAAACGCUGCUCCCGAGGUUACAGACCUUUCUCAUGACCAGACUUCACCAUUCCUUCGAUUAUUUCCUGAAGGCUUAGACAAACUUGAUCCUUGGAAUGCUAUCACCGUGUACGAGAGUUGGAAGGCACGAAAGAUGCUUGAGCGCAGGAAAUGGAAGGAACUUCAAGGUCCAUGCCAAAAAGAUCUUUACAAAACAAUGGAUAAACUGGCCAAGGCUCAACAAAGACCAGGAGAAGAUAUGUUCAAAUUUCAUAUUCCCAACUGCAAUAGAAAUGGUUUCUAUCACAGCAAGCAGUGUGAGGCCUCCUUAGACAGCGAGCGUGGAAAAUGCUGGUGUGUCUUCCCCUUGACUGGGAAAAGAAUUCCUGGAUCCCCUGAAAACAGAGGCGAUUUGAAUUGUCAGCAUUUCCUUAAUGCUCAAGAAUAGAAUCAACUCCCCAAACAUGGAUGUAUUCUUUCAAAAUAAACCUCAGUGUAAAUGUACUUAACUAUUUAUUCCAAAAUGUUCUUUUGCUUACUUUAUCUAUUUUCAUAACUUUAUUUAUACAUGUAAUAUUAAUAUUCACUAUAGUUACUUUUUUUGUAUAAAAAUAUACAUUGUAAAAUCAAAUAUUUUAUUUAACACAAUUAUAUUUUUCAAGUAAUUUGUAUAACCAUUUGAGUGAAAACUCACCGAGUGUUUUUCGUAUAUGUGUGUUUUUUUAUAUUUUAAUAUCCUUAUUGUUCUGUAAGAUUUAUUUUAUAGAGAAGUGAAAUAUUCUACACAAGAUAGAGAGGAAGGCUAGGUCUGGCUAUCAUUGAGUCACAUCUAUAACAUCUAACUAUAAAACAUUAAUGCUGUAUGUACAGGUAUGGCUCUUAUGUCUAGCAUGCUUUGACCUGGGCUUCUGCAGAGAAGGGUUAAUUCUUUAAACUAAGGUACCAAAUCUGUUUGAAUAGGACCCUAUGGGAAAUAGACUCUUAUUAUGGCGCUUUCUGGAUAGUAGACCCUGUACAAGUAUAAGAUCCGUUAUCGGUAAAACCAUAACCCAGAAGGCUCAGAAUUAUCUGCCAUAGACUCCAUUACAGAUAUGAGACCUGUUAUCCAGAAUGCACAGGACCUGGAGAUUUCCAGAUAAGGGAUCUUUCCAUAAUUUGGAUCAUCAUACCUUAAGUCUACUAGAAAAUCAUGUAAAUAUUAAACAAACCAAUAGGCUGGUUUUGCUUCCAAUAAGGUUAAUUAUAUCUUAGUUUGGAUCAAGUACAAGCUACUGUUUUAUUAUUACUGAGAAAAAGAAAAUAAUUGUUAAAAAUUUGGAUUCAUUGGAUAAAAUGGAGUCUGUAAGAGACGGCCUUUCCGUAAUUUGGAGCUUUCUGGAUAAUGGAUCCCGUACAUAUAUAAUCAAAUAAUUCACAUUAUUAAACAUUAUUUCUUUUUUCUCUUUAAUGAUACAAUUCAUCCUUACUGGAGGCAAAACUAUUUUUAAAUAAUUUUUUUCAGAAAUAUUCCUUAUCCAGAAAACCCCAGGUCACAUGUACCUGAAUAAGGAAGUUCUCUAUAGUGUAGUUUGCGUAUGAGUUUUGUUAUUUAUUCUUUCCACUGUAAAAGGGGUUUUCUAACUUUGCUGCUAAUACAGUAUCCGAAAAUGACUGACUAGAAUGAUCAAAAAUGAUAUAUUCAGUUGUUAAAUGUUGUCCUUUCAUAUGUUGGUAUGUAUUGCAUGACAUAUGUUUAUUUGCUAAAUUGCGUUCACUCCAUUUAAUAGGCAUUUAACACCAAUACAACUCAUACAAUUCAACUCCUCAAACGUCUGUUGUGUGGAAGACUACUGCAUUGUGAGGCAGGGUUACUAUAAAUUAUCUUUAAUGCAUGGCACCUAAUAAAAAUACAUUUACACUUAUAUUGGAACUUAUCACCCACUUUAUAGCAGAUGUUUGAGUUCAACACUCCCCUUAAGUCUAUAACUCAAGACAAGGUAACUGUCAUCAUGCUUCACAUGGAUCCCCGCCAGCAUUUACAUAUUCACUCCACAUCCUACCCUGGUUAUUAGUCUGCACCCCAUUCAAUGAUCUGUGUUUCCUGGAGAGCCAGCCUUACAAGCUAUGGUAUGUCCAUUCCUAUGCCCUAGGGCAGUAUACAUUUUUAAGAGGUGCAUGUGUUAUAGAAGAUGGUAACCCUGCUUUCAUCUAAGUCUGCUUAUGGAUUUAUUGUACUGGAUUAUCUGUUUAUACUUUGGACAUUUCUGUUCUUUAUAUAAUAUUUCUCUUUGUAAACUAAUAAAAUUGUUUGUAGAA